UGUCGUGUCACACACUGCUCUCUGCCGCACGCGCAGGGUUUCCUCUUCUUUUGUGGCCUUCUGUUCACGAUGAUUGUGUGUGCGACGUACACACAAUGGGAGGGCGAACUCAUUGGCAUUUUUAGGUUAUCUGUCAACAAGUGAGCAGGUGGAGGGAACGGGAGGGAGGCAGGGAGGGAGGCAGGGAGGAAGGAAAGAGAGAGGGAGGUCCUUUCGUGAGCGGUAAUGAGGAUCUUAUGGCAGUAUACGAUGGAAUAUGUAAGUGGUAUUGGUGGUUGCGUUGUGUUUAUAUGCGGGGGGGGCUUUAGGGCAUACUCACACCAGGACGUUUUCUCAGCUCUGGACGCGAUUGCAGGCCAGUGCUACCCCAACUGGGGCCUUCCAGAUGCAGCUCCCAACAAGGUGAUGAAGACGGUGUCCACCAUAGCCAGGACCGGCGACCUCAUGUAUUCUACGCAUGACAUUCGAAAACUGGGUAAAUGGCCAUGCCAGCUCUUCUGGGAGGCAUUUCCUACAGGAUCAGGGCCACUGGAUCGGACAACGUACCUCUUCACCUACAUAGACGCUCAUCCUGAACGUCCAUCGCUUGAGCUGAUGAUGGAAACAUACUUCAACGAAAUGCCUCAGUACCAGGGGGUUCAGAUUGAGGACAUUCAAUUCUUGAGAUUUGUGUUUGCUAUGUUCCCUACAUACAGAGACAGCCCGUUGCCAGCUGCAUUCGAUCGUGUGCUUCAGGUAGGCGAUGCUAGUGGGAUUCAGUCACCUCUCUCAUUUGGAGGCUUUGGAAGUAUUGCAAGGCAUCUCAAGAGGCUGGCUUCAGGUUAGGAUGGAUUGCUGUGCCUCACUCGCCCUGGGGCCUGGACCCACUAGCGAAGUAUUCUACGACGUGUGACACAGUUUUAUGGUUUUUUGGAAAAUACAAAGUGAUUUUUUAUUUGCAUGAAUGGAUCGUUUUCUGAUUUAAAAUGAAUUGAAAUAGCACCU